AUGUCUGAUCUUUGGGGCUCGCAAGCCAAAGAAUAUGCCGAGAAAACACAACGCGGACCUCCCAGAGACUCUGUUGAUGCCAUUCUACACACUUUAGAUGGUUUGUUGCCCUUCGAGUCCGCUACCGGUGUUUUAGACAAUGGAUGUGGAACAGGACUGGGGAUGCAAAUCCUCAUCAAUAAGUAUGCAGACCGGUUGCCUAAUCACACGAGGCUAGCUGCUGCCGAUCUCAGUCCAGGCAUGGUGGAGUCUGUACGCAGAACGAAGAUCGCGAACCAAGGGAACAAACUUUGGGACAAACUAGAGCUCGAGGUUUGCAACGUAGAAGCCAUGAACAAAUUCCCAGAUUCCUGCUUUAGCCACGUAAUUGCCUCACUUGUUCUGUUCUUCGCCAAGCCGGAGCCAGCGUUCAGCGAAGCUCAUCGCAUUAUGCAACCAGGUGGAGUCAUGGGCUUCACAACGUUUCGAGAAAACCAAUGGUUAGAACUACGCAACGUGGUGACUAAAAUUGACCCAUCAUUGAGGCCAGCGCCCUUACCUGCCAACUGGGCUUCUGAAGCAUGGAUCAGGUCACAGCUUGAAAGUGCAGGUUUCAUUGACAUCAGAAUCGAACCCAAGGAAGUCUAUCUCCAGGUAGAUGACGCUUCAGUGUUUGCUAAGUUUCUGGUUCGGUCUGGAAUCCCAGCGAUGUCCGGCAUUUUUGACUCCCUAACAGAAGAAGAAAAGGACCGUGCAGUGCAAUUGGUUGUCGAUGAGAUUGCUGAGAAGUAUCCGGACAAACCAGUCAGAAUUCCGGGCGUCUUUCUGGUUUCCAGCGCAAGGAGGAGCAGCGACUAA